AUGAUGCAGACCGAUCAUCAUGGUCAAAUGGACACUUCGGAUGAUUCCUCAUAUCAUGGAGGAUCGAACUAUACAUCAAGCCAUCUCUCAUCGUCACGAGACUCGGGAUACUCUGAUCACGGUCACCCAACAACCACCGACAUCGCCAUGUACUCGAAUCUCCUAAGCAUGCUAAAUCAAACGCCUCUAAUGCCAAUGGAUCAAUAUCCUCAACACCCGAAUCAUGCUAUGGGUCAACAGCAAGCCACAUAUCCACUUUGGGUUGGCACGAGAUUUCCAACAUCUCGAAUGUCACACACGCAACAAACUCAACAACACUACUCGCCGACAUCAACUGACUCUCCACAUACGCCUCAGCUAUUUGUAACAUCUCCGAUAAAUAGUAGAUCGAAUACGCCACCCUUCGGAAGCCUAUCGCCUCCUGCAUCUCCAAGUCAUGGGCACUUUAGACUCAAUCCUGAACUAAAGGGCGCAGAGCACGUAGAACAAUUUGUCGAUUACGGAGAACAUAUGGGUGUUCCUAGUAGUCAACACCCCCACCCCCACCAUCACCAUCAACUCGUGUAUGGAUCACUCCCAUACUCGUACCCUGUCUCACAUCCAAUAAAUGACCACCAUCAUCACCACCACCACUCUGCUGCAUACGGACUAGCUGAAUCAGCUCUAGAUAGUAUAAAUGACCCUUCUGCUGCUGCUUAUGGACUCGGAUUAUCGGCACUAGACGACGAAGACGACGAGGACGACUACAGCUACGACCAAGAUGAAUAUGAAGUCAGCUCAUCCAGCAACUCGACGGAUAUAACGACACCAGCAUCAUCAAUCAGCUCAUCAUCACGUAUACACCUUACGUCAGCACAAUUACAUCAACACCGGUCUGCUGCAGGAGGAAUGGUUGGUGCUACUCGAGUAAAUAGUAUCAAUAGUGACGCAGCAUCUAUAAUCACCACAUCAUCAACUGCUACAUCAUCAACAACAUCAUCGGCAGAACCAUUCAAAUGUGAAUGUGGGAAGGUGUUUGAAAAGGCAACACAGCUACGGGCUCAUGCCAAAAUACAUUCGUGUCGAGAACGAUCAUUUGUCUGCGAGCACUGCUCCAAGGCUUUUCUCCGUGGGAGAGACCUGAGGAGGCACAGUGUCAUUCAUCAGGAGGAUUUCGUGCCAUACGUCUGUGAAAAUUGUCGAACUACCUUUACGAGGAGUGAUGCUCUACAUAGGCAUAUCAAAGCUCUACGCUGUAAAACGAAUUAG